AUGGCAGAUGCAAACACCGCCAUCUCCGGAUCGCGAGACACCACCCUCCGAAUCUGGGACAUCCGAACGGGACUCUGCAGAAACGUGCUCGUCGGGCACCAGUCAAGUGUUCGAUGCCUGGAGAUCAAGGGGGACAUUGUCGUUUCCGGGAGCUACGACACCUUUGCUCGGGUAUGGAGCAUCUCGGAGGGUCGCUGUCUGCAGACAUUGCAAGGCCAUUUCAGCCAGAUCUACGCCAUCGCCUUCGACGGCAAAAGAGUGGUAACGGGCAGCUUGGAUACGAAUGUGCGGGUGUGGGAUCCUACGACUGGGGAGUGCCUGGCCAUUCUCCAGGGCCACACGUCCCUCGUCGGUCAGUUGCAGAUGCGGGAGACACUCUGUGUCACCAGCCUGCAGUUUGACGAUACUCGUGUCGUCAGCGGCGGUAGCGACGGUCGGGUCAAGAUUUGGGAUUUGAAGACUGGGCACCUCGUGCGCGAGCUGAUUGCCCAGGGCGAGGCGGUGUGGCGAGUGGCGUUUGAAGAGGAAAAGUGCGUCGCGCUGGCUCUGAGACACGGUCGGACCGUGAUGGAGGUCUGGUCUUUUUCUCCGCCAGAAGAAAAGCAGUAUGAGCGCCCACUCUCGCUUCAGCAGCGCGUCCUCGAAGAUGAUCCCGAACGACCGUCGAGCGCCAGGCUGGAAUAUCGGGCAGGCAAGGCACCAUUCGCCUGCCCCAGCCAAGACACGGCAGCGCAAGACGUCGACAUGCAGGAUGCCGGCCCCUCGACGGCUCCGUUGCAGGGCGGCAACAAGACAUUCUUCCUUCCAUGA